AUGACUGGUAGAAUAUCAGGGUUUAAAGCAGAAGUGACGAAAGUUAGUCCUGAUGUAAGAUUUGUUCAUUGCAUUAUACAUAGAGAGCAUUUAACUUUUCGAAAAAUUGGUUGUGAACUGAAUUUAAUUAUGAAUGACGUAGUAUCAAUGGUAAAUAUUGUGAAAACCCGUGCUCUUAAUACACGACUUUUUAAGAUUUUAUGUGAAGAUAUGGGAUCCAACCACAAUACAUUGCUAUUCCAUACUGACGUUCGCUGGCUAUCCCGUGGUAAAGUUUUAAAAAGAGUUAUAGAACUAAGUGAUGAGCUCCGCAUAUUUAUCCGUGAAAUUAAACCCGAUUUAUCUGCACUACUAAGUAAUGAAAAAUGGAUGUGUUUAGCUUCAUAUUUAGCCGACGUUUUCGAUAAAGUUAAUGAACUAAAUGUAUCUCUUCAAGGUCAAAGUACCAACAUUUUAGUACUUACCUCAAAACUUCAAGCAUUUAAUAAAAAAUUGUCUUCUUGGUUGUCGCAUUUAACAAUGGAGAUACCUCAAUGUUUACGAAUAAAAACACCAUUUUCUACUUCUUUGAAAUAUGAUCAUAUUCCAUGGUCUAUCAAAGAGCAAUUAAUUGAAAUUAGAGAAGACUCCACUCUUGAAUCUGAAUUUCAUGAAAAAGAACUAAGUGAAUUUUGGUUGAGACGACAACAAGAGUACCCAUUAAUUUCAAAAGCGGCUUUACUUAUAUUAAUUCAUUUCGCUUCGACAUAUCUUUAUGAAACUGCAUUUUCACAACUACAAAUAAUAAAAAAACCAACAUAG